UGCUCCUGUACCUUAACGUUGAAUCAAAGAUGGCUUCACUUUUCAACCAAAAGACCCCACCAGGUCUGUUCAUCGCGCAAGCACUCGGUAUCACAGCAAGCGGGUAUCUUCUUGGGCAGGAUGCAGGUCUCUCACUCAACGCUGUGCCCGCCGUGAUGCAAGCACCAGCUCCCCUUGCUGCUAAGCAAUGGUUCACCGUCCUUACCAACAGCGGUUUCUACGGCAAGCCGCUCGCGAUCUUCAGCGGUCUCGCAACCGCAUAUGUCGCCUAUCACCAGGACCCCUCAUCCCUGCCCUUCAAGCUCAACGUUGCAGCCGCCAUCCUCAUUCCCAGCAUAGUCCCCUUUACCUUUGCGUUUAUUGUACCUUUAAACAACAAGCUGGAGGCUAGGAUGAGGCAGCUCGAGUCAACGUCGCUGGAGGACAAGGCCGUUGAGGCUGGUGUUGCUGAGGUCGAGACAACGCAUGCGUUGAUUGACAAGUGGGGAGUGCUGAACCUAGCGCGGGCGGGUCUUAUCGCGGCAGGCGUCUUGUGUACGGUUGUGGCGGCACUUGACAAGAGGGAGGUCGUUGGGUUUGGCGGUGUUGCGCUCAGGAGCGGUGCGAACCGACUUGGAUGAGGAAGAAUUACACAUAGUUAGUCAACCGUGAGGUGUUGCGCUGCAUGCCUGCAACGACUCUAGCCAGUCCAUAAUGGAGGUUCGGCACGAUGCAGAGGAGAUAUGAGUUGUGCACUGACACGACUGUUGAAUGUCGAUACUCAUGAGCGAAGUAGUCUUCGAAGCUUUCGCGUCGAAGUGGGGAACCUGUAGUCAUAUAUCUCGGCGCUGUGUUUUCGACCCUGCAUGGCCAGAAAGUACAAGCAGAGUGUAGAUACGAG